AUGACUGAUGGCCAGGGAAUCACCAUGUUCUCCAACGCCUUCAAGGUGCUCGAGGAGUUGGGAUUCGAUACGCACCGCGCUGCAUCAGUGCCCGCAACGGGUUGGCGCCUGUACGAGAGCCGUGAUGUCGUCAAGGACAUUGAAAUGGAUUUCUCCGCCGGGCACAGUGGCCAGCCACGCAUGCAAAUGCGAUCCGACUUCCGGGAGGAGCUCCUGUGUUUGACCAUGGCGCCAUCCGCCGACCUGGGCCUCGACGGACAGCCGGCGAAGGUGGUGAUCGAGAAGGCCGUCGUGGAUGUCGGUCCGGAUGAGGGCACCGUUUCCUUUGCGGAUGGCUCUAAGGAAUCGGCGGACCUGAUAAUCAUAUCGGACCGCGUACACUCUCGUCUGUGCAGCCAUAUCCUGAACAAUGACAGUUACCAGGCCAAUAAGAUAGAUCUGACUUUCUACCGCGUGGCUCUCUCCGCUGACAAGGCUCGCGAGGCAUUCAGAAGUUGUUUACCGCACUUCUGGGACCCAGCGUAUCCCCUCCGUGGAUACGAGUACAUAAACCUGUCAGUCGUGUUCCCUUCACGGGACCUGGGGAAUUCGAAUGCCGAAUCCUGGCGCUCAGACGGAGACCACGACGAGAUGGUCUCCCUAGUGGCCGACAAGGUCAAGAUGUGGCAUCUACGGGAUAUGGACCCCCUUCCACGGUGGAACCAAGGCCGAGCGAUUCUCAUCGGGGAUGUGGCGUAUCCCAUGACACCGCUGCAGGGCCAGGGCGCUAAUAUGGUCAUCGAGGCCGAGGUCUUUUGUCUCACUGAUCCGACGACGUCGCGCGACGAGAUACCAGAAUUGCUACAGAAGAUUGACAGUGUGCGCCUACCACACGAGGCGGCGGUGUUAAAUGGCACGCGGACCCUGGGAAAGGAUAUAUUCAGCUGA